AUGGCCACCAUGGCCACCGCAGUAAAGCCACCCAGACUCCACUCGCGUCUCGUUCAGUUCUUCGCCCGCUACCCUCCUGAGCUCUACUCGGCCAAAAACACGGGAAUCACCAUUCCCUUAACCAAAAAGGCGGCAAAGCUGGCUGCCGAGCGCCGCCAGCCCUCUACAGUUCUCGGUGAAGAUGGAGAAGUCUUAUACCAAUACCAACAACCCAUCAAUGUCCCCGAGUCAGAGCCAACGAGUCCUGCGCCGACAGGCGGAGUGCUCGCGCUCGAAGGCGGAGUAAACCCAUCUACACCACCCCCCAGCAACCACUUCCCUCCAAAUCCCUUCCUAGCCCGGAAAAACUUCAAGACGGGGCGAUGGGCCGGCGCGACCAUUAGCCUGAGGCGGCAGGCCGAGCUUGUGAAGCUGGCCAAGAAGGACGGUGUAGAGGACCUGUUACCUCCGGGUCCUAAGUCAACUGCGUGGAAGGAGCAGCGAUUACUAGAGCAAGGUUUGCGCGUUCGAGGCACUGGUGAGGGUCAAAACGUCAAGGGUCACAAAUGGGAGCGCACGAUGGGCACCAGGCUCGACAAAAGAAGGCAAGCCAUGGAGAAUAUGCCUGCUUUGAUUCGGGAAUGGGAAUCGAAAGGUCACGGUAGAGGAUGGAGCAAGUACCCGAAGUCCCGUUCUUGA